UAACCAUAACCAUAACAUAACCAAAAAUUAGUAUUGUAUGAGUAAUGCAGUCAGUAUAGAUAGUGAAUUUCCGUGUGUUCAAUGAAUAAGUUAACUAAGUAAGAAAUAGAAAUCUUUUAAAUUAUUGCGGUUGGUGUAUAAAACAGAAUUUAAUCAUGCAUGAGGCAUAUGAAUAUGCACAACUUUUAAAAUUAACGGUUCAUAUCGAGUCAUUAGCUGCUUAUGGAGAUCAUUUGUUGGUCGGUACCAAACAAGGGCACUUGUUAAUGUACAAGGUCACGUCUCAAUACGGAGAUCCAAAACAUGAAGUCACUUUGCUACGGUACAGCAAACAUUUCAGUAAGAAACCGAUUCAACAGCUGGCGGUUGUACCGGAGUAUGAUAUUCUAAUCAGAUUAUCAGAUAACAUAAUAUGUGUACAUGAUAUGUCGAUAAUAAACUUCCCAACAAUAACAACGGUCCAGCAAACCAAGGGAGCUACACUCUUCACAUUGGAUGUUAAGCACCCUACCUCCCUCACAGGUGGCUCAUCAGUGCUAGUUCGGAUGUGUGCUGUUGUCAAGCGAAGACUCCUGUUUUUCUACUGGAAGAAUGGAGACUUCCACCCAUUAAUGCAGGAUGAUAUCACAGUUAAGGAUGUUCCUCGUGCUUUGGUUUGGUGCAAUGAGACCAUCUGUGUGGGUUUCAAAGGAGAGUAUUCACUUGUCUAUUUGGACAAAACCCAGAAGGACCUGUUUCCAACAGGGACUAAACAUCAGGAGCCUAGUGUCACCAAGGUAUCAGAAGACACAUUCGUGCUGGGCAAGGACACUCAGAGUGUGUUGAUGAACACUGCCGGAGAUGCUGUCUUCAACCUGGCCGUCAAGUGGUCUGAGGUUCCCAUCCAGCAAGCAUAUGAUGAGCCUUACCUGUUGGCCCUACUACCAGAAAGCAUAGAGGUGCGCACUGUGGAGCCUCACCUAUUGAUACAAAGUCUGCCGCUGAAGGCACGCCUCGCUUGUUACUGCAAGCAGGGGCUUGUGUAUGUGGCAUCCACUGAACAUGUGUGGUGUGUACAAUCUUUGCCAGUCACCAAACAGAUACAUGUCUUGCUGGAACAAAAACAGUUCCAGUUGGCAGUCAAACUGACGAAUUUGUCAGAUGAUUUGGAAGAAGAAAAGGCUAAGAAUAUUCAUCAAAUUAAGACUUUAUAUGCAUUUGAUCUAUUCCACAACAAGAAGUUUCAUGUUUCAAUGAAAGAGUUUUUAAAACUAGACACAGAUCCAUAUGAAGUGAUCAGAUUGUUUCCCAUGUUACUGCCACAGCAAGCUAGAGAUGACGCCAAGACUUCUGUGAAGGUCGUUGAGUUGCUGGAAGAUAUGGAUUUGGAGAGUGGAUUGCUUGCUCUCAUUGAAUACUUAACUGAAGUUAGGAGAAAAAUACUUGAGAAGAAAUCGGGAGAUAAGAGCUUUGAAUCUAAAUCAACUCAGCAAUUAAUGCAGAUUAUUGAUACAACCCUAUUAAAGUGCUAUUUACAGACAAAUGAUGCUCUUGUGGCACCCCUGCUGAGGCGCAACUACUGCCACCUAGAGGAGACAGAACACACGCUCAAGAAGCACCACAAGUACAGUGAGCUGAUCAUCCUGUAUCAGACGAAGGGGUUGCACCACAAAGCACUUGAAUUGCUGCAGAAACAGGCAAAUCAGCCAGACAGCAAUCUGCGGGGUCACAAACGCACUGUGCAGUACCUUCAGACAUUAGGAGAAGAGCACAUUUACGUUAUAUUCCAGUUUGCAGGCUGGGUGCUGGAAUCACAUCCUGAAGAUGGUCUGAAGAUCUUCACUGAAGACACUGCAGAGGUGGAACAUCUUCCACGGCCCAAAGUUCUCGAUUAUCUUCUCAGAACUCAGAAAUCUCUAGUCAUUCCUUACCUGGAGCAUGUGAUCCACACGUGGAAGGACACCAACUCCAUUUUCCACAACGUGCUGAUUCACCAGUACAAGGAGAAGGUGCAAGCUUUGAUGAUGGCUAAUGCGACUCAGCAAGAGCAGCAAGCAGCUCAGCACAUGCGAGCCAAAUUGCUGGCCUUCCUCGACAAGUCCGAACACUACAUUCCGGAGACAGUACUGGUGCACUUCCCAUUUGAUUGUCUGUUUGAAGAAAGAGCUAUUAUCCUAGGUAAACUAGGGCGUCACGAGCAGGCGUUGUCCAUAUAUGUGUCAGUUCUGUCAGACAUUCAGAGGGCUAGAGAAUACUGUGACAAAGUCAACAAGCAAGGUGGACCUGGUGCUGAAGAUGUGUACGUGUUGCUGAUGAGACUGCUGAUUAGUCCUCCAGACAACUGGCUGGUGGGGAUCACCCCCUCUGCCCCCCUCGAGCCAGACCUCGAGACAGCUCUCUCACUGUUGGAGGGGAAUGCAGAGCGCAUUCCUCCCCUCAAGGCCCUCAAAGAGCUGCCGAACUCUGUGCCUCUCAUCCGCAUAAAACACUUCCUCAUGACCAGUCUGCAGAAACAACUUAACCAACGGCGCAAGACCCAGGUGCUUAAAGCGCUUCUCUACGCUGAACACUUACAGGUACAUGAAACAAGAAUGCAGUACGAGUCACAAAAUGUACUGAUGACUGAAACUAAUGUAUGUCCUGUGUGUAAGAAACGAUUUGGAAACCAGAGUGCUUUUGUUCGUUAUCCCAACGGAGAUAUUGUCCACUACUCCUGCCAAGAAAAAAGAGCAGCCACUAAUUCAUAAUAGUGAAUUAGGUUUAAAGCAAUACUAGUGCUAGCUAUACUUAUAUCAUGUGAGUUUUAUAUUUUUUUGCAUAUGACGGUUAUUUUUAUAUUUAGAGACAUUAUUUAUAUUAUCAGUCAUAACUGAGAGAAAUUUAAUGAAAUUAUUCAAGUUAGCAUAAAAUAUUGGUCCUGCUUAUAUUGCAGCAUUGCUGCAUAGAAUACAGAAACACUAGUCAUUUUUUGUUUGAGUAUGACAAAGUUAGGGCUAUUUUGUGCUUAGUGUGUACAUAUGAACUACAGUCAUUCCUGCACCAUAUGUUUGAUCAGAUUGAAUUCAAUUUGAUACUAAGAAAUGGAAACCAACAUUAGUCCAUGGCAAUGAAAUAGUGAGCGAUAUAAAUGAAAUUAAAGAUUAAAUAUUGUGUUAUAAAUUCUAUUAGUGACAGCGAUAAAGUGAGGUCAUGAUCAACAUAUUGGUUUUAUUAGCAGAGAUAAUAAUAAUUUAAACAAGCAAUAGUUUUCCAUGAUAAAAUUUAGUUUACAUUGAAAAUUAAGUGCAUAAUCUUUCAAAAUAUUGCAUUUGAUUAAAUCGUUUGGGAUAUCUUGCACUGUUAUCACAUAUUAAGAAUGAUCUUUCAUAUUCCUAAGUUUCUAGGCUAUAAUUAGUUUUAUAUAUUAAUUAAAUUAAAGAUAUAAAAAUAAAUUUUUUAGAGAAACUUUUACUUAUAAAUACCUAAAGUUAACCCUUUGGAUGCCAGUGUCUUAAAGGCCAGUAGUACUCAAUACUGCUAAGGCAUAUUUGUACACUUUUAUAAUGCUUUAAGUUUCUCUCCGCACUGCCUAUAGUUUUUAUAUAAAUUGAAUUUUUUUUUGUAGAUGUUUUUGUUUGUAGAUUGGCUUUACAUUAGUAUAAAUUAAAAGUGUAUUAUGUACACUACGUAUUUGGCAAUUACUACGAAAAAAGAAUCUUUCAUAAAAUAAUCACUUUAGACCAGAAGAUCCGUACAAAAAAUAUUUUUAUCAAUUGAAAAUAUUUUUAAUUGAUUAAGUGGUUACGUCGUAUUCUUUACAAAAUUAUAGAACUUUUUUGAAAAAUAGAUUUACAAUAAAUUCUUGUAAUAAGUGUGAUUAUUACACUAACAUCCAUUAUUACAAGCAUUACUUUAUAAUAUCAUAUAAGUUUGGAAGUACUUAUAUAUUUUGAUAAUACUGGCUAUAUUCACUACUAGUAGUCAAUUUGAAAGUUUCUUUUGUACAUCACCAAUGUUCACUUAAAAUUUAUCAAAGAUUUUAAUGGCAAAUAUUUACAAAUUUGUACAUGUUAACUAACUUUUUUAACAUUUUUGUUCAGAAAAACACAAAGGGUCAAUACUUUUCUUGUAAUUUCUACAAAUUUAUUUCUUUUCCUUACGCCACCUUUGGCUGUACGUACUUAGCUACAUAAAGAAUAAUUUUUAUCUUUGCUAUCAGGCAGUUUGUCAGGGGGUGCCAGGCCCCGUGAGUACAAUAACUAAAAACAAACACAUGUGCCAAGUUCAUUAUUGAUACCAACUGAAAAUUGAUAAAGUUUGUACUCAAUUACUUCAAAAGAAAAACCAAACCAUUAGAAACAAACUUUAAAAGAUAGUAAUAAAAACAAAAAUUAUUUCUUUCCCCAACGGCUGAUCAAUCAGACGUUGGCGUCAAAUGACAAUUGAAUAAAUAAUAUCAGGUUUCCAUUACCUAAUUGUAACUUCCUGCAAGAUGUAGGAAUAAUUUAUGUAUUGGUAUGUAGGAAAUAAUAAACCGAAGUAAAACACUUUUUAAAAUUAGUAAUCAUCUCUUAAGUGGUGAUACAUUUUCUUCUCAAAUAUGUGCAUUAUAUUAUUUUGUCUGAACUGUUAAAUUUUAACAGGAUUUCCCCUAUAUGUGCUUUAUUUGCCUAAUACUAAAUAUUGAUACUUUGCAGUUAAGUGAGGUAAAAUACAAUGUAAUAUUUGGACAGUUAUUUAAUUAUUGGUUUAUUUUUUUCUUUUCGUUUUGCAAUUUCGUAUAUGCAUAAAAUCUUGACAGUUAAAUUUAUAAUACAUAAAGUCUUUUGAACUUUCCAAUACAUAACCAAUGAGUGAAGCAUCAUUUAUUUUGCUGGCUUAUUUCUACUAUGUAGUUGUUGAUCAGCUAUUUUAGAAUAUUUAAUCCCAUUAUUGUGAAUGUGAUAUAAAUGUUUUUUUCCUCAUGGAAUUGUUAAACCAUCUUCAUUACUUUGGAACAACAUUUAAUCUUAAAUCACAAAGCAACAAAUGGAUUAAUGUGGCAAAAUGUUUCUUUAAAAAAAUGCAAUAUCAACUACACUUCAUUUUUACUUGAUAAUUAUAAAGGGUUGAUUAUAAAUUUACUACAAUAUUUGUGUCUAAGAAUUCUUAUAAUGGACCAACCUAUUUUAAAUGUACCAUUUCAUUUACAAUAAUAUGCACGAUUAAAAUUUAUACUUUAAUGCCAUGUGAUUAUUGAUCAUAUUUUGUAAUUGUCUUUUUAGAUAGUAAAUGUUUUUUACUCUUUAAUUUUACAGCUUAAAAUCAGAAAGAUAUAGAUUAUCAAACAGCGUUUUAAUUUUUUAUGUCUUGUGGUAAAAUGUGUUUGACUGUGCUUAGUUAAUAAAUAGCAGAGAAUAAUUACUGAAA